AUGUCACCCUCGACUCUCUCACCAAACGUUUUACACGUUCUCCUACAGUACAUCUCUCCUCCGUCACAGCUAACGCAACCGAUACCCCCGCAUCUGCUCUCGAAACCGCUGUUACAACGCCACCACUUCCUACACCUCACCCCAGAGCAACCAGAUGAGUACCUGUGCUGGCCCUCCUCACCGGAGAGGAAAUCCCAUGUCCUCGACCUCCUCGAGACGCGCUUUCGGCCAUUAGAUGACGACCAGCCUACCGUCUACCCUGUCCAGUACUCCUUCGACGGGGAAGACUUUUUCGCGCAUGUCGACAUUAGUAACGACUCCGGAGAAGGCCCCCGUGUCACAUUCCAGUGGGACGAGUCCGGGGAGUGGAAGUAUCACAACACAGACUUGAUGCCAUUCCCACCUGGGAGCCGGGCGGCGCUCGAGGAUGUACUCGUUCCACCACCGCCCCCAACCCACGUCUCCGUCCAACCCCUGUCCAGGUCCUCCUACCCCCAAACCUUUCAUGUCGACGAGCUGCAAGACGACAGCGACGAUGAUGACUAUUGGAACGCGUAUGGCUCCACCGAUAUAGGAGACAGCCGUUUUGGCCAAAGCACCCCAGGCUCCGCCAAGGACGUUAUGUCUUCCGAAGACGCUUACUGGGCUCAGUACGCAUCUGUACAGGGUACAGCUGACUCCACUAUACCCUCGCCUGUACCCCGUCGGAAGCCUCUGGCAGCAGCUCAGCAGGCAGACAGCCAGAAGGUGAUGGAAUCGCCCAUGCCUUUUCCAGUUCCCGUGCGAGUUCCGUCGGAAGACACGUAUGCGGAGCCACUGCCAAUCCCGCAAGGGAUCAUGACACGCCCGCGAAGCAACUCCCGCUGGGAUCCCGCAGACGCGACGACGUUGGCGCACUUGUUGUCAACCAUAUCGCCACGUGAGAGUCCCGCGCCGAGUCCUGCGCUCGACGGCCAGUUCGAUGUCGACCUCGACGCGGAGGAGGACAGCUCACCGACCGUGGGUGGAAGUAAUGACUCGGAUCUAGCGUCACCGCCCGCCCUGGGCCUGAACGGCAUUGAUGUCCUCGCGACAGCCCCUGUGGCCACCGGCGGCCCGCCCGUGUCUGUAGUGGGCGACAUCGAAGGAGGUGGCUUGGUGGAGGGCAUCGGUGGCGGGGCCGUUCUUGCCGAAAAUGAGGACGAGGCUGACCUCCGAGCUGCACUGCAGGCUAAAGACCAGUCCUGGCCGUCAAACAGGGCUAUGGAUGAUGACAACGUAACGAAAUUCUCGGACUUCACAGUCUGGAAACGACUUCUCGAAGACCAGACGGCUCUUUUCGAGAAGACUUAUACCAAAAACGAGCAGCUCGAUGCGCGGGUGGAGGAGCUCGAGCGGGAGCUGUCGGUAUGGAAAGAAGCCUUUAAGACCGCGGACGGCGACAGGAAGGUGCUCAACAAGACCGUCCUCAAGCUCGAGCGAAGCAUCGACGCGCUCAAGGAGGACAAUCCGUUGAUUCUCUGCCUCAUCGAUGGCGAUGGGAACAUAUUCUCCUCGGACCUCAUUAAGCAAGGUCAAUUCGGCGGUCGGCAAGCCGCAGCACUGCUCACUAAGGGCCUUACGGAUUACCUCGCGUCUGUCGACCCCACCGAAGCGUCCUUCCCCGGGCGUGGCCAGAUAUGGUUGACCAUCUAUCUCAACAAGAAUGGCCUGCUGGAGACCCUCACGAGCAACCUCGUGUGCACCGCGGAGGAGUUCGAGGCGUUUGUCCUUGGGUUCAAUCAGGCGUCCCCCCUGUUCUCCAUCGUUGACGUCGGAAACGGGAAGGAGGCAGCCGACUCUAAGAUAAAGGAGUGCCUUCGCGUCUUCACGCGUUUCCCUCAGAUCACAAGGGUCUUCUUUGGUGGUGCACACGAUAACGGAUACACCUCGACCCUUAACCUUCUGCAGAAUGAAGGCCUUCUGGAUAAGGUCGUUCUGCUCAAGGGCUAUAAAGAGCUCGCGCACGAGAUAAACAGCCUCCGCCUGCCGCAGCUCGAGGUCGACGGCGUCUUCAUCAAGAAGAAGCUGCAGACGAAUGGAAAACAGAAAGCGGCUGUUGCCGCGUCCUCUUCAGCUACGAAUGCUGCACCGGCCACUCUCAACAAAUCACCCAAGAAGCAACCUCUGACUCCGGCGUCGUCGGAGAGUGAGACAGCGCGCCAGGGGAACCCGUCUGUGACAAUAGCGCAGAUUACAAAGCCUGCCACCCCAGUAAAGAAGCCGAGGCAACUUGACCCUAAUCAGCCUCUUCACAAGCAGAAACCUCCCCCUUGCAACUUCUUCUACUUGGCAAGGUGUAGCAACGGGGACAACUGCAAGUAUGAGCACAGUUACCCCUUGACCCUUGACCAGGUUGCAGAGCUGCGCGUUAACGCCAAAAAGUGGCCGUGCCCUGCCAUCAACAAUGGAAACAGAUGCCCUCUUGGUGACAAUUGCAUCAUGAACCACUUUUGUCCUAAGGGCCCCAAGUGCAUGUUCCGGAAACAGGGCAAAUGCAAGUUCGUCGGCACGCCACCCAAGAAGCCACGCAAAACUCGCCUCGACCAAUCCAAGAAACGCGGCACCAAGCGCGACGAGCCUCCCACAAAUGGCGACGACAACGCAGAAGAGCGGGCGCAAAAGACUGCGAAGGUCGAGGGCGACGAUGGAAACGUGCAGGGACUUCGGAGGAGCGCGCGGAACAGAGGGAGUAAGACCAACUAUGAUGAGAACGGGGACAAUGCGAGUGCCGCCGCUCGUGCCCUUCCGAAGGUGGUCAGCGCGGGUGCGCAGCGAGCUGCGAUGAUCGACGCGCCGAGAGAUCAAGUGAAGCGGCUACACGAUCCGAAGACCUAUGGAGCCAUCCCGGGAGUACCAAUCGGUACCUGGUGGGAGACGCGGGAAGCGUGCAGCAAGGAUGCUAUACAUGCACCUUGGGUCGCCGGUAUCUCUCCGGGUCCUCAAGGCGCGUAUUCGAUCGCUUUGUCCGGUGGUUAUGAAGACGACCAAGACUAUGGGGACGGAUUUACGUACACUGGCUCGGGUGGUCGUGAUCUCAAGGGCACAAAGGACAAGCCAAAGAACUUGCGCACUGCCCCUCAAAGCUGCGACCAGACCUUCGAUAACAAGUUCAAUGCUGCACUGAAGAGGUCCUGCGAAACGAAGAAGCCUGUGCGCGUCAUCCGCGGGUUCAAGCUCCCCUCGCCAUACGCGCCUGCCGAAGGGUACCGCUACGAUGGGCUGUACACAGUUGAAGCUUGCUCUCGGGAACGAGGUCUCGAAGGAUAUCUAGUCUGCAAGUUUGUAUUCAAGCGGGUGCCUGGGCAACCCCCUUUCUUGACAUAUGGCGAUGACGAGGAAGAAGACAAGGAAGACGAAGAAGAAAUGACUGAUUAGGACCUUCAUCACCACAAG